AUUUGGUUGUUGUAUAAUUAUGUAGUUGAAGUGCAGAAAUAAAAAUUGAUCGUAUUAUUGUAGAUCAAUCAAAGAACGUUUACGUAGCGAUUUUGUUAUUUUUGGAGCCACAAUAUUUUUGGUUAAAUUCAGUGACCUACAUUUACUUGGUGUAUAUCUUUUAUGAACUGUACGUUUCCAGAUAACAGGUUAAAACAUUACUUAAAAAUAUCACGUCGAAUCAGUUUCCAACGCCAUUACUACUUACACCCAUUCUUUGCACGUAAUUUAGUCAGUGUCGACUUAGUGUGAGAUUGCCCUGGAGCAUUAUUUUCAUAGGGUUUUAUCUGUAUAGAGGUUCGUUGUACAUUUAUUUAUAAAAAGAACGUAAUUUUCUUUCAAUUUUGGCGGGACUGGAGAGCUGGCAGGCUGUGCGGUCCUAGAAAGCCAACUGUCAUCUGUCGCUGUAGCCUCGUCAAUGUUUAGACUUUAGAGCUCAUGUUCCAGUGGAUUUACCUAUUAAAUUAGCAGUGCAAUAGUGAAAUUGGUGGUGUGCGAUCCAUUUGGACGUUCGAACAUGCGUCACGAGUAGGCGGAUAUGGAUAGCAGGCGAUCGUGCCCAAGUUACGAAGCCGGGUUUGACGCGUGCGAUCCACUAGGGUCAGUAUUUGAGUGGUCCGGGCGAGCACCAGCUCGUGUACUGCGGCGACGUUGCCGGAGCGAAGGCAUUGAUAGGUCGCCUUAUGAGGAUGCCAACCGCGAGGCAAACCGAUCUGCGGACGGCUAUCCUCGCUACCGUGCUCUGCCCAACAAAAGUCAUUUCACUCUGAACAACACCGAAGGCCACGUUGACCGGUUUUUGCACGAAUGCACGCUGCCUGUCUCUCAAAACGGCGACUACAUCAUGGCACAGGAACAGAACAGGCACCAUGGAUAUCAACCAGGUAGAUCAAAAUUUCACAGAACAAGCCCUACCAGACCAUUACUAGUUACAACAUUGUCUAAUACAAAACUGGAUGAUAGAUUACCAAAAGUGGAAGAAUUACUGGAGAAAGUUGAUCAAGAAAUGAUGGAAGUGCAAAUGGCAAAACAGCCGUUGAAAUCAAUACUCAAUAAUCCAUUGCCAAAAUCUCCACCCCUGGGUAUAUUGAAGAAACCUAAAAAUAAACUCUAUCAAGAAUGUAAGUCCAGUGAGGGACGGAGGAGACAAAGGGCUGCAAGCGAAUCUGACCAUUUAUUUUGCAAUUUUCAUGUCGCUUCUCCAAUACCUGGUUAUGAUAGCCGUUUGUCAUACCUUUCAAAUAGCAUGAAGCGGGCAAAAGAUAAUUCAGGCACAGGCUAUUCUUAUGGCACUGCAAUCGCUUCAGUUGGCAAUACUUCCACCAAAACUGUAUCAAGUUACUCAAAGAGUCAGAGAUGUUCGUGUAAAGAUCAGGUGUUUAUGGCUAACAAAGAUGAAGUUCACAAUAUGCACAUACUGAGAACAACUGCAAUCAAUAGCGACACAGUUGGAGAGGCACCUAUCAUGGAAAUUCCGCGGCAGGAAACGCCCACGCCCACAUGCCCAGCGGUGAGCCCGGCACUGCCAGUGAGCUCGGUGACGGCGCUCUCCGCCAAGAAGGCGCUCAAGCCGGGCAAGAAGAAGAUCAAGCAGAAGGUCAAACUAGUCAAGAUGAAGUCCACGAGCAGCAAGAUAGAUUGUACUGUCGUGGACGCGGAGGCUGAGGAUGCUCACAGUAGAUCGCCGUCUCCGGAUCCUAUCGCGGUGUCUCCGUGGCCGAUGGAAACGGAGCCGGCAUCCGAACCGGACCGGACGGUGAAGUCCAAACCGGAAGUGUCGGAUACCGGGCCCAUUAGCAAACUGUCCACCAAGCUCAACGGCACGGUGGUUACACCGAAAAAGUUGCCUUCUAAAGAAUCUCCCCUCAGUUUACCGGACAGUAUAAGCAAUUGUCUCCGGCCGUCGCUGUUUCCGCGCGUUCCGCCCUACCUCAAAUUUUUAGGUCAUGAAGACACCGUCCCAUUGAAAAUACCCCUGCCCAUACAGAAGCAUCUCAAAUGGAAACUCACAACCAUCACACCGAUAGUAGUUAAGAAAACUCUCACAAACUCUGGGUUUAGAUUAGUCAAAAGCGAAUGUGAUACGGCAGAAUGCCCUCAAGAAGAAACGGUAGAAUGGAUAGGUAUAUGGGGUAAGCACAUGAAAUCGCUAAUGUUCCGAGCUAUAAAGGACGGGCAGAAGAUGAACCAUUUCCCCGGUACCUUCCAAAUAGGUCGAAAGGACCGUCUGUGGCGUAACCUACAAAAGUUGGCCGCCAAAUAUGGCGUAUCAGAGUUUGGGAUUAUGCCGAAGACAUAUGUACUGCCCCAUGAUAUGAAGCUGUUGAAACACGACUGGGAGAAGCACGCGGCCAACAAUGAGAGAUGGAUCAUAAAGCCACCUGCUUCUGCUAGAGGGACAGGCAUUAAAGUGGUUUCCCGUUGGACACAAAUACCGAAGAAGCGACCGGUGGUGGUACAGCGCUACGUGUCAAAACCGUACCUCAUUAACGGCAGCAAGUUUGAUAUGAGACUCUACGUCUUAGUCACGUCUGUGCAUCCUCUUAGGAUAUAUUUGUAUAAAGACGGCUUGGCGAGGUUUGCUUCAGUAAAAUAUAACGAUGAGUUAACCUCACUGAACGAUCGGUACAUGCAUCUCACAAAUUACUCCAUCAAUAGACUGUCCAAAAACUACACGCCCAAUGAGGACUUUUCGGCUUGUGAAGGACAUAAAUGGACAUUACAAACUCUGUUUCACUACCUGAAGACUGAAAAAGACGUCAACACAGACGAGUUAUGGGACUCUAUGAAAGAUCUUGUGAUCAAAACCAUAAUAUCCGGCGAGGCCAGUAUAAGUUCUUUGACGAAGGCUAACGUCACGUCGAGGUAUAACUGCUACGAGCUGUUCGGUAUUGACGUUCUGUUAGAUGAAGACCUAAAACCGUGGCUAUUGGAGGUGAAUAUAUCGCCGAGUUUGCACAGUGCGUCUCCACUAGAUAUCCACGUGAAGGGACCCCUUGUAUCGACAGUGCUUAAUAUCGCUCAGUUCCAAGUACCGCUCAAGACGAAUUUAGAAACGCUUUCUAAGGAGAAACCACAUAAGUUGGCUGGAUUACCAUACGAUAGCAGACUAUACACUGUGUACCUGUCGAAAGAAGAAAGAGAUAAACAUAUAAUUUAUACAAAUAUGGAAGACCGUGAUAUGUACCUUCGCGAUAUCCUCUCGACGUUGACUCCAGACGACGUUCGCCACUUAAUCCAAGCGGAGGACGAGUUAACACAGGCGGGCGAUAUGGAGCGAGUAUUCCCAACUCAGGCCACGCACAAAUACCUAGCGUUCCUGACUGGGCCCAGGUACUACAACCGGUUGUUCGAUGCAUGGGAGACGCGCUAUCAUCACCACAGGCAACCAGGUCUCGAGUUACUCCGCAACUUGUGCGACAUCGGCUACCAUCUCGAAGUGCCGCCCGUGCCCUUGAAGCGGGCGGCGCCUCAGCUGAGCGCGUUGGAUCGUUGCAGAAUGAUGUGGACGCGCCGUCGCCGCCGGUGUCGCAGCGCGCGUCCGUGGGCAGCGUCAGCGUCGACGUCUGCGUUGGUGCGCCGCCGCCGUCCGACUGCGGCGCGCGUUGCGGCGACGCUGCCUGUAUACCGGCCGCCCCUCCCCUCACGCCCCUGCAUCCGCGCGCAUAGCCCCGCGCCAACGCCAACACCAGUAUCGCCAGCGCCAACGCCAACAGACGAAGACCUCUGCUGCUCAUCAUCAUCGACGCCGUGCCUGGUGGACACGUGACGCGCCUGCCAUAUAGUAGAUUCCAGUGAUGACUUCUACCACUUGAUCAACGCUAUCGCCGUCUACACCAAUGAUGGCAUCGAACCCUGUUUCAAUUCAAAUCAUUUAUCAACACCGCUAGCACCAACUUUGCCAACAUCAACGCCAAUAGACAACGACCGGUGCUGCCUGUAAUCAUUGAUGCCGCGCCUGGUGGACACGUGACGCGUCUGCCAUUUAGCAGAUUGCAUCGCUAACCAGUGAUGACCUCGAACUCUGUUUCAAUAUCAAUCAUUGACGACACCGCUAGUACCAACAUCUAUGCCAAUUGACGAAGCCGGCUGCUGCUCGUCAUUAUUGACACCUUGCCUUGUGAUUCCGUGACACGCCUACCCUACUGAUUCCAGUGACUGAUGUGCCUGCCCCAGAACAAAUGCAAAUGUUGGCCUCUGAUUCUUUAUUCAUCAAUACCAAUACCGUCAAUACCAACAACUUGGUGGACUGCUGCUCAUAGAUUCUGCUUCAAUAGAUUCCUGUGACUGACCCAUCAGCCGUACAGUAAAUUCAAAUGAUGGUCUCCGAUUCAAUAUUACCAAUAAGAACUGGCGGUGGCUGUCUUGCUCGUCACUGUCCACGCCAUUAGGUUUCAGUGAUGGCCGCUGUACGUGGGCUUGACAAUAUGUGAUCAACAGGUUUCAAGUGAAUAUUAAUUAAAAAGGUGAUUCAGAGACAUCACCGCUAUCAUCACAAGUAGGAACUAUUGCUAUCUUCAUCAUUGUGGACAAACGGUGUCACUCAACAUCGUUAACCUCUCAGAAAAUUCGAGUGAAUGGAACGAUAAAAAAAGUGCGUGCUAAACAGUUAUAUAUUGCUGGAAAGUUAUUGAUAAACUGUGAAAUUGUGUUCAGCUGUGUAAUCGAUAGGACUGCAAAGCAAAUAAAUCAUUUUGGGUAAUGCAAUGACGCACGAGACGUUUUAAUUCAAGAUUCCGGUAAUGUGAAAUGAACAGUGUAAUUGAAGUGAUAAAUGGACGCCCAGUGUUCUAACUGACUACAUAAUAUAUUAUUUUUAAGAGUGUGAGGGAGCUCCUCGACAGUAAUGCUGGACGGGAAAGAAAAUUUCAGUUUAUUUAUUUCUUCUAAGUUACAAAGGCUAAAGAUUGUUCAAGCCUAAGAUCAAAAUACGAAUAAAGAAAUGUAACCUUGCAUGCCGGCAUAUUUGCUAUUUGUAAACUUGACAACAGUGUGUCCUUAUCAUACUGUAUACUUAUGGACUGGAUGGAAGGAAUGGAAAGGACAGAAGUUUACAAAUAGCAAACAUGAAUAGCCCAGUGAGUGCCGGCAUCAUAUAUUUUCCUUUAUUAAUCAAUAAAAUGUCGAAAUUGACAGACAGUAUUUAAGUCUGUAUCUAUUUGAAAAAAUAACAAAGGAGAUUGCUCAAAUUGGCCCAAAUGCACAAAAAAUAUUGACAUAUACGGUAAUUCUUGGCGUAAUUUAUACUUUAUUUUACAGUCAUUAGAUUUUAACGGACACCUUUGUAUAAUAUAUUCAUUUUAAAAAGGACUUUUAAUUUUACCGGUUUGGAAAACAUACGAAUUAUUUUUAAUGGCUAUGGGUGUAGUAACAUUAAGCCAAAGACUGAUCGAAGUUGUUUAUAUAAAAUCAAAACAAAUCUAUUUUGUAAAGAUCAAUAAAAUAAAACUUUUUUUUUAUUACACUGUGGUAUUAAUACCCACAACUAUAUUAUAAUUUUUACUACAUGUAGUAAAUGUGCUAAGACAAUUAUUAUGGAUGGUAGGCGACAUCAUAAGUUCUCAGGGGUGUCCGUCAAUAAUAUUCGUUUCUACAGUAAUUUAUAUAUAAUUUCGAAUCUAGGAAACAAUUUUUCAUGAUUAUUGGGUUUUAGGCCAAACUUGUAUGGAAGCUGAGCAAUCUCCUUUGUAAGGCCAAUCCAGAGAGAUUAUGUGUCGAGUUGCUGCCUAUCUAGUCGAAAUAACGAGUGGCUUAUUAUGACAACAUGCAAUUGUGAACUAAUUAAGGACAAAUUUUGAGCGAAACAAGGUUCAAUAAAAUCAUUCGCAGUGUAAAGCUAAGCAUGAACAAAUUGAAAUUCGUUUCACCUGUUUGUUUAAGUAGCCCGUGCUUAUCUGAAAAGAGCUUAAAAUCUCAUUAUCAGGUUUGCCACUUUUUCUAUGGACUUCUACCUGGACACUGUUUAGGUAAAUCUAAAAAAUAAUUAUUUUAUUACUAUCAGUUUAUGACAAACACUUGUUGAUAGGCUGCAAAACAAUAAUUAAAAAACACGACUGCCGUUAAAAAACUGCUACUAUAUUUGCACAUUUGAUAUGGUCUCAUUAAAUUCUUUUAAAUGAUACCUGUAUUGUAAUAAAGACUUUUUAAUUAUCAAAUAAUUGACAUGUUGACAUUGCUGUUCUUUUUUAAAUUUUAACAUUUUCGGUAUCGUAUGUUACCUGGAAUGGUGUAAGGAUUCUUACGAUAUGAUCUCCACACACAUCUAAAUCGGUUCAGGCGUUUAGAAGUAAUAGUGGAAUAAAGAAUUGCACUUACAUACAUGCACACUGAAUACAUUAGUCUUUUUUUUUCUUGGUCAGUCGUGUAAUAAAAUAAGCAUUGUUCAAUUAACCAUGAGGGAAGUUGUUUUGAAGUUCGCUAUUUCUGAAAAGUAAUUUCUAAAUAAAAAAUCCAAAACAUGGAUAACUUCCAUUUAGGCAAAAGCUUUUUGGCAAUGCAAGGCAAUUUCUUGGAUUUCGGAAUUUCAACUCUAAUUACAAAUCGGUAUUAGAGAUACUCAUAGAUGUCAAUACUGGCAUGAUACACUUAACCUAAACUUAAAUGUGAUAACAGUGUAUCCUUGUUAUUCUCUAUACAGAAUGAAAAGGAGAGACUGUUGUUGAAUUUAGUUUUAAGUUUAGAGAAUCGCGCCAGAAUCGAUACCAUAGACUUGAUGGGCGCUUGUUAACGAGAUGAUUUCUACUUUGUGGUCUAGGCACGGUUGUACACCGUGUCUACGUCCGGUCGUUAGUUAUGUAUGGGACGCUAUGGAGGUCUCUUAACGACAUCGGCGCCACCGACAGUUUAGGGUCGUCGGUACAAAGUUUGUACCGGCCGUAUGUACGUUUGUACCAUGGAGGAUAGAGAUAGGAGAACGAUCGCUGUAGAAAAUAGUGUCCCAGAAAUAUGGACAAAAUAAGUGAGGCGCUGCGAUCGCUAAGUUGUCUCAAUAAAAGCGGGCUGUUGUGCGCUGAUCUGAAAUGACCUACGCCGCGAAGAAAAUUUGUACAUUAUUACACUAAAUUCAUCUACUUGUACUCAUAAACAGCAAACUUCACAGACUAAUUAUCGACGACAGCGCGGCAACCGUACUCGCGAACAAUUUUAGCCGGCACCAUCCCGGGUAGAAAUCGUCUCGUUAACAAGCGCCCUUAGGAUCGCUUAACAUUCCUCAGAGGUUACUUUUUUUCAAUAACAACGUCAAUGUAUUAGAUAUAAUGCUGUUUAUCUACACAACAAAACGACAAAGAAUUCUUUUUGAUAUUCAUUUCUUUUUAUUUGUUUAAUUGGUAGUAACCUCUUUGCUCAAUCAAACUUCUUUACUAUGAAGGAAAUAAAAUCAUAAUGUAAUGAAUAAAAAAUAGAAAAAAAAAUUAUAAUAUUUAGGAUACUUAAAAAAGAGUUAAAUUCUAUAAAAGUGUCUGGUGUUCAAAGUGAUUGUAGCAGAAUAAAUUUAAUAGAUCUAUAAAAUUGUAUUUUAAUAAUAGAUAUUAUUAGAAUCUAAUUGACGCUGGUAAUAUUAAUACGCCUUGUUGUGAAAAUUAUUUUUAAAAUUAUUUGUUUACAAUUAACCCAGUAAAGUGAUCUAAAUCUGAAAAUUUUGAUUAAAGAUAAGUAGUAAUUAUUAAUUCAAAAAAUAUAUCUAGCUGUUUCAUGUCUUAUAAAUAUAGGAUCAGGCUUCAACUUUUAGAUUUGUACUAUAAACAAAAGGUUAAAAAAUAUUAGAUACUUACAUCAUAGAGAAAUAGUUAAUCUUUGCAAGACUUAGGCCCUGCCGAUGCCUGCCUGCAAUCAUUUCGCAAGUUUCUUCAGAGCAUUGUUCAAAUUCCAAUCUUUAGAUCCCGGUAGACCUCUUGAGCAACGACCGUAGACAAGGAAGCAUGUGCAGUAGCCAUUUACAUACAACAACGUCUACUGCGCAAGUUAACUUGUCUGUUGUUGUGCUCAAGAAGUUUACCGCUACAUCAGCUGACAUUUUUAUUCACAAAACAAUAAUGUGCUAGACUAUAUAGGUACACUGAAUUAUAAGCCAUAUAUUAAUUUUACGUCAUGGCUUGGGAAAACUUUGGUUAUGAUUCCCGUUCUUUUUAAUUGUUGGUUUAAAUCACUUUAAAUUGAAAUCGAUAUGAAUUAAAAUAAUAUUGUCUAAAUUAUAUGUAUAAAAAAAACUGUGCUAUGAUGGGAUAAUGAAAAUUAUGACGUUCUAAUUGAUGUGAUACGAUAGGUACUUGUUUCAGAAACUGCGAAAGGAAAUCAUUUUGAUCUCUUAAGCAAAAUAUAAUUUAGUACUAUAUAGAAUUAAACGUUUUCGUGUUUGUAGAUUGAACAUGACGGUAAUUGCUGUGUUUAAUUAAUCUUAAUGAAUAUAUUUUUGUCUGAAUUCUAAGGAUACAUUUAUGUAUGUAUUGUAACUCCCAGUUUUCCUAGAAUUAUGAUUAUACAUGAGAUUCUAAAACUGUUAAUGUCUCUUUUAGGUAUUUUGGAAUUUACAAUGUGUUCAUUGUAUACUUAGUGUUGCUAGAGUAGCGAUUUGCCAUCAGUGGCUAUUUAUCAUAAUUGUAUUUGAAUAAUGUCCAAAAUUUUGAUGAUGGAUCGAUAGAAAUUUUUGAAAUUUGUUGUAUAUAAGUACAUUAUUCAAAAGGGUAUCGAUUCUAACGUUUAUUAUUGUGUCGAUGAUUUUCAAAAAGUAAUUUCUUGAUUUCUUCUUAGUAUGAUUGAAUACUAUGUAGAAUGAGUAUGUCACAUUGAAUAAUAAUUUAUUAUAGGUACUUAGUUGUGAAAUUAAAUUGUCAUCAUUUAAUUUAACAAAUUGUUUGUAAGUUGUCAAGUUUUAGUUGAUAUGGAUUGUUUACUAUUAAGAACCCAUAGUAGGCUGUAUAUAUUUUUAAUUAUUUUUUAACAAUGUUUUUAUUUAAUAGCUAAUAAAUUUUGAUGAUUGUAUUUUCAUAACUGAAGGUGACAUAGUUAUUGUACGUUAUUAUUCGAUGGUAUUUUUGGUGGUUUGAAUGAUAGCCAAAGAUGUUAUGUCACGAAGCGAAAUACUCCUUUUUUGCCGUACCAUAAUACACCCCGUGUCAUGUACGCAUUUAUUGUUAAAUGUCGGGAAGUUGAUCAUUUGAUUCGUUGUAAUAAGUAAUGUUGUUAAUUAAGACUGGUUGACUAAGGCUGUACUGGGACACGUCAGUUAACUUUUAGGUUUGAAUUAUGUUCGUGCAGUCACUUGCUUUUCUAUAACAAUAGAAAAAGACAAUACGUGACUUAAUGUAGCAUUAAUAUGAUUUGAUGUUUCUGAGUGCAGCCGUAAAAACAAGAAGACAAACUUUUCCCUUAAAAUUAACACAUAUUUUAAAGGAAGAUUUAAAAAAAAAAACAGUCAUUUGUCUUUAGUUAUAAAAUGGUACUUUUUCUUUUGAUGUUAAACAUAAAUUUUACUAUUGAUAAAACGUGUAAGUACUUACUAUUGAAUAAUAGCUUAAUCAAGUGUCAAAUGACCAACGUCUUGACGUUCUGACAAUUUUAUUAUAAUCAAUGUUACUAUCAAUAUCAAUCAAUACAGUCAUAAUGCAUCGGCUGGAUAAUUCUGACCCGAUCCUUUGAAACUAUUAAAAAAAGAAAAUAAAUCAUGUUUUUUAUUAUCUCUCUUUGCCAUAUGCUACAUAAGUAGUGGUUCUUUAAAUAAUAAACACAAAUACCCACUAUGCGUCAUGCUUCGCGCAGCUAGCGUCGCGCAGUCGGAUAAAGUAGUUUUGAACGCCUUAAUAAAGUAAUAAAAUAAUAAGGAAAAACACUGUAAUGUUGAAAAAAAAAACUGGAGAUGCCGGGGAUCGAACCCGGGGCCUUUCACAUGCAAAGCGAACGCUCUAC